UGGGGUAGGAAGCCCGGGGGCUGCGUCUGGAGCGGGCCGCGGGGGAAGAGGAGCCAUGGCGGCUGGGGAGCCGCGGCAGGGCAUCUAUCUCCUGCAAAUGAGCAAUGGGAUGAACCUCAUGGAUCCAGGGUUCCAGCAGAAACUGGAGGAUGAGAAGGAAGUAAUUCGUCGAGCUAUCCAGAAGGAACUGAAGAUCAAAGAGGGGGCGGAAAAUCUGCGCAAGGUGACAACAGACAAAAAAAAUCUGGUGCAUGUAGAGCAUGUGCUGAAAUCUUCCAAUCGGAAACUGGAGCAGCUGCACUGGGAUCUCCAGGAGCUUAAUGCCCGGAUUGUAGUAACAGAGAAAGGGGAGAGCAAAACAGAUGGUUCCAUGUCCCCGGACCCUUGUCUCUGGGAAAGGAACCCAAACCCAGUGGCAAGGAGGAUAGAGGCUCUGAAAAAGCAGCUGCACAUUGAGAUGAAAGUGAAACAGGGAGCUGAGAACAUGAUCCAGAUGUAUUCAAAUGCAACGUCAAAGGACCGGAAGCUGCUGGCAACAGCUCAGCAAAUGCUCCAGGACAGCAAGACGAAGAUUGAGCUGAUUCGGAUGCAGAUUGUGAAAGUAUCUCAGUUGGCAGGUGGAAUAGAGGAUGCAAUGGAUCCAGCAGUGAAGAUGGGGGCCACCAUCAGUCUCCUGGAGCUACGCAUCGAGGAACUGCGACAUCACCUAUGCAUUGAAGCUGCCGUGGCUGAAGGGGCAAAAAAUGUGGUGAAGAUCCUGGGAGGCAGGCGGGUGCAGGAUCGCAAAGUGUUGGCUGAAGCUCAGGGUCGUUUGCAAGAAUCAUCUCAGAAGAUUGAUUUGCUGCGCUUGUCCCUGGAGCAGCAGCUUAACGAGCUUUCUUCUGAUCACCCAAAGCGGGCACUCAUCAAGCAGGAGCUAGUGAAUGCUUCCUCUCUGGGAGCUCAGCAUGUCAGCGUCCAGCCCUUCACUUCACUGAUCAAACCCACAGCUCUUACAGGUUCAUUAGAAGUGAGACUGAUGGGGUGUCAGGAUCUGUUGGAAAAAGUUCCAGGACGUUCCCGAGUGUUUGGUUCAUCUCCCAAUCAUGGGAGCCCAAGUGACAUGAAAUCCCUGACCCGAGCACGAGCUGGGAUGAGUAUUCAUGGCCGCAGUACUGCAGCAAAGCACUUGCGGAAUGAGGAGCUGUGUAACGAGGUGCUCGCUGUGCUCAAAGUGGACAAUAAAGUGGUUGGUCAGACAAACUGGGGCCCAGUUAAUAACCAGGCUUGGGAUCAAAGCUUUGUCAUUGAGCUGGAUCGGUCCCGGGAGCUGGAGAUUGCAGUUUAUUGGCGUGACUGGAGAGAGCUGUGUGCAGUGAAGUUCUUGCGCUUGGAUGACUUUCUUGAUAAUGAACGCCAUGGGAUGUGCCUCUCUCUUGAACCCCAAGGGAUGCUUUUUGCAGAGGUGACCUUCUGUAACCCUGUGAUUGAGAGACGGUCUAAUCUGCAGCGCCAGAAACGUAUUUUCCCCAAACAGAAAGGAAAGGAGUUUCUCCGAGCUUCUCAGAUGAACAUAAACAUUGCUACCUGGGGUCGUCUAAUGAUGAGCAUCCUCCCUCCAUGUAGUUCCAUGAGCACGCUAAGCCCCCCACUUCGUACUUCCAUUCAUACAGACUUUACCUCUCCAGCACGGCUGCAAACUCAAACUGAUUCAAUGGGCAGUGACUAUCCAGUGGUUAAACUGACAUUUGGUGAGGAACCUCCCCCUAAGCCUCCACGCCUUUUUUUGACAGCAGAUUCCAAAGAGGUUGCUCCAUCUCCUGCAGACUCUCCGUGUCUGAAGAGGCUACAUGUGGAAGAGAGGACUUGCAGCUCUGCUGUAACAGAAACACCAAAUUGGGCUUCUCAGAGGAAGAGGACUGUUCAGCUUCAGGAUUUUCACUGCAUCGCAAUGCUGGGACGAGGGCACUUUGGGAAGGUGCUGCUAGGUCAAUACAAGGCAACAGGGAAGUUGUACGCUAUCAAAGCCCUAAAGAAACAAGACAUCAUUAGCAGAGAUGAGAUUGAUAGCUUGAACUGUGAGAAGCGAAUCUUUGAAGUGAUCAACUCCUUCAGCCACCCGUUCCUGGUGAAUAUGUUUGCAUGUUUCCAGACGCCAGAUCAUGCAUGUUUUGUGAUGGAAUACACCCCUGGUGGUGAUCUCAUGAUGCACAUUCACUCUGAUGUCUUUCCAGAACAUGUGACGCAGUUUUACACAGCCUGCGUAGUGCUUGGACUCCAGUUCUUACAUGAGAAGAAAAUUAUUUACAGGGACCUGAAGUUGGAUAACUUGCUCUUAGAUGCUGAGGGCUUUGUGAAGAUUGCAGAUUUUGGGCUGUGUAAGGAAGGGAUGGGUUUUGGGGACCGCACUAACACUUUUUGUGGCACCCCGGAAUUUCUGGCUCCGGAAGUCCUGACAGACACCUCAUACACGCGGGUAGUGGACUGGUGGGGGCUUGGUGUGCUCAUUUUCGAGAUGCUUGUUGGUGAGUCUCCAUUCCCUGGAGAUAAUGAAGAGGAGGUCUUUGACAGCAUUGUCAAUGAAGAGGUCCGCUAUCCGCGAUUCCUUUCUUCUGAGGCACUUCCCAUACUCCGCAAGCUUCUCCAGAAAUGUCCAGAACGUCGUCUUGGAGCAGGAGAGAGGGACGCAGAGGAGAUUAAAAACCAGCCCUUUUUCAAGGAGAUUGACUGGGAUGCCCUGUUUGCCAGAGCACUGAAGCCCCCUUUUGUGCCUUUCUUAAGAGCUCCCACUGACAUUAGCAACUUUGACAAAGAGUUUACCUCCCAGAAGCCAAUCCUGACUCCUCCAGAUGAGCUCCCUGUCCUGACCCCUGAGGAACAGGCUGCCUUUAAGGACUUUGACUUUGUCUCCAGACACUUUCUGGAAGUCUGAUUGCUGUGGUGUAAGGAGCCCAUGCAGACCACUAUUACCCUGAGAGAUCCUAGAGAGAAACUCGCAACUGACUAUUGGAAGGUCAAAUUAAUAUCAGGCAAAGAUUAUUCAUAGGUCUGGUAAUAUUAAGGAUUGUAGAAAGCAGACUGUUCUGCAAGCUGGUUGCUCUACUGCAUUGUUCAGUGUGUGCAAAUGCUAAUAGGAAGAGUACUGGACAUGAGCUUGAAGAAGGUUCAUGCGUGCUGGCUGUGUUUGAAACAGUACCUGGCUGUAUGCUGAUGCCACCUUGGAUAGCUGUGGACACACACAAUUUAAACUGGAUUUCAUUUAACAAUAUAUCCAAAUGAAAUAGAGCCUUCACCCCCUUCCCAAACAAACUCCUACCUCUGCAGCGGGGCCUUGCAAGCUGCCUAGCUUUCUCAGCACUGGAUGAUCAGCAGCAGCAGAACUGGCACUUUCCACCUAUUUUCUAAGAGAAAAAAUGUGGCACUAUUUUUUCUUUGCAAAGGAUUUAGGCCCAGUUGUGUUCAUAGUUUGGGGUGGGUGUGCAGUGGCUUAAUACAACCAGAAUGAUGAAGGUUGAGUUUGGAAACUGCCCAGAUGUUACAAGCUGAGAUCUUAGCUUUGCUUUGUAAAAAAAAAACUACAUUUCUACUCUCCUGCUCAAUCUUAAUUCCUGUCUUUAAUAAGAACGGAUUUAAAACCCUACAAACUUUGCACAUAUUGUUUGUUGUAAAUUAGACUCUCCCUUCUGAUUAAAACUUAUGCCUUUCAAUCGCCCUGGCUUGUUAGAACAUAUCAGGAGCUGGGAGAACACAGAUCUUCUGCUUAACAGAGAGUGUGUUCUUUAUCUCUGUAAAUGUAAUGUUAAUACUAUUUCCCUUUCCUUCUUCCUUUCAUAAGAGUCUCUUGUCACUCCAGCUGCUCGGAUCUGUCCCCUCUGUAUGUGUUCUCUUUAUUGGGGCCAUGUAUGUCACUUUAAUGAUUGCACUCAGGCUAUUUCUCCAGGUUUUUUUUAACCUUACUAUGUAUAUGCUAUAUUUUUCUCAGAUAAUAUAAAAUAUUGUGGAUGUUUAUAUCGGAAAAAUUAAUAAAUAUUGGUUGUGAAACAACUCUGGCUAAAAAACAGCCUAAAAUAUAGAAUAAUUUGUAUCAAGACCAACUUAAUUUGGUGCUCAAAAUGCACAAGUAUGAGUAUGUUCUUGUAGUAGCAGUGCUGUAAUUAGCACUUAUAAUUUCUAUUUAAAGAUUACAUUCUGACCGUGAAACUGUUUUGCAGAGUGCUGUUGCCUCUUCCCAGCUAGCCAGUAUGACUAGCAAGUCAAAAAUAGCAACUGUUCUUUAAACAAUUUCCAAGUGAGAAGUAGGGGGAAUGAGGCUUGGUCUACACUACCCCCCCAAUUCGAACUAAGGUACGCAACUUCAGCUACGUGAAUAACGUAGCUGAAGUCGAAGUACCUUAGUUCGAACUUACCUUGGUCCACACGCGGCAGGCAGGCUCCCCCGUCGACUCCGCGGUACUCCUCUCGCCGAGCUGGAGUACCGCAGUCGACGGCAAGCACUUCCGGGUUCGACUUAUCGCGUCCAGACUAGACGCGAUAAGUCGAACCCAGAACUUCGAUUUCCAGCCGUCGAACUACCUGGUAAGUGUAGCCAAGGCCUCAGUCAUUCAUAAACUACUGGGGCAAUUAUAACCUUGUUGCACUUCAGGGUGUAGACUGGACUGCUACACAUUUAUGGUGGUUACUAUGUAUAGGGAACAGCACUUUGGCUAGUUGGCCAGAGAAGAAAUAUUCCUGUUGAAGGCUCAUAGGAACAUGUAGAUGUUGGUUUUUCAACCCUUCAUCUACAGGGAUAGACUUUACCAGUAAAGGAUUGUGCUGGUUCUGAAGAGAGGAUCUGGCCAUAACCAGAGAGGAGUCCCCAUUAAAUCAAGAUUGGCUGAAGUGCUCAAGGAGUUACUUAGGUAAGAGCUUUAGUAUAUGUACAUGUGUGGAAGAAAAACAGCCCACCCUGAUCUUAGCUCAGUCUUAUAAUUACUGCUGAAUGCCUUGCAAAGGGAAAUUGACCCCCACUACCAGUUAACUCCUCCUAACCUUAAAGCCAGUUUAAGGCAAGGUAUGUGUCUGUACUGAGCCUUGUUUAAACAGCCAUUGUCUGCUCACAUUUGGCCCCAAAUGUGUUUGUAAAAACUUUUACAAAAUGUCAAGACUGGCAUGUUUCCAUGAUUUUUUUUACAUUUUAACAGAUUAUAAAAUUAAAUUAAUGGAGAUAUCCCAUCUCCUAGAACUGGAAGGGACCUUGAAAGGUCAUUGAGUCCAGCCCCCUGCCUUCACUAGCAGGACCAAGUAUUGAUUUUGCCCCAGAUCCUUAAGUGGCCCCCUUAAGGACUGAACUCACAACCCUGGGCUUAGCAGGCCAAUGCUCAAACCACUGAGCUAUCCCCCCCCCAUUAAAAGGUACAGCAUAGUGCUACUGCAGGGGAACCAGAUGACUGAGUGUUAAACCUGAAAAAUGUAUAGAGAACAGCAAAAACUAGUUUUAAUCUUUAAUGAUUUACAAUUAUUUUUAACACAGUGCAGAGCAUUUAAAAAUGUAAACUGCAAAUAUCUUUCAAUGGCAGCCUAGACAUUUUUUUUUAAAUUCACAGUGCCAUCAAACAUAAUAUUUAACUUGUGUGUAUUCAGUUAUACUGGUUGACAGUUAUUUUUUCAUGUGAUAGAGCCAACACAGCUAAGCGUGAAGUGAACUCUAGUCUGGCAGAUAUUUCAUCAACCAAACUAAAUUCUAAUUGCAGACUCCUUUCUUAAUGGUUAUUUACAAUCCAGGAAGACCCCAUCUUGACAUUCACAUACCACAGUGUGAUAGCGUGUUCUGCCCUGUACAAGACACAGCCCCGGCCCCACGGAACCUGAAAACUUUUUCUGGUGUCAGACACCAACAUAGACCCUCCUGCUGUCUUUGAAUUGCUUUUUCAGAGUAUAACGGUAUUCUAAGAGUGCUUACCUACCUUGGAACUUGAGUGCAAUCUGCCAACGUGAUAGCCAUCCAUUUGGCUCUUGUGCCAAGUGCUAACCCCUGAGUCACGAAAGAUACUAAGGCACCAAAUAAGCAAAACAAUUUU